UGACUCCUGCAUCAAAAGUAAACAAACAAAGGCAUGAAUGGAGCUGUGAAAAGUGUAAAGAGGUCGGCCUAGUUCUCCUCCCUCGAUCGAGCCAUUGCGUUGUUGAGCAUCAUGUUUUCGGGCUGGAGGGCGUGUCAAAGGGGGGCCGGACUUUGGAUUCAAAGACCUUGGAUGACGGCGUCCGCUCUUUCGUUCCCAAUCACGGGUCCCCUGAUGACAGUUCGACGCGAUUGUGGCUACUACGAGUCCCCGCAUAGCGUACAGUCUCACGCCCCUGGGGUUCAUCGACCCAUAACCCACACGCCCACUGAUAUUCUGCCGCCCCCCAGUGCGAUUGAGCCCGAAGAUCAAGCUCAGGCCGAGGAGGUGAUUUCGUUGGUGGAUGAGCAAAUUCAAAAUCAGUCUUAUGGUCGUUUGUUCGCCGUGUUGUACGCCGAUCAACGCCAAUUCAAAGUCACACCCGGGGAUCUCAUCAUGUUAAAUCACGACCUGGGCAUCAUACCCGGCUCCAAAAUCGUACUGGACAAGGUAUUGUUGGUGGGAGGUCGGGAUUUUUCCUUGAUCGGUCGUCCCGUGUUGCCUCGCGAUUUAGUCCAAAUCGAUGCUACUGUUGUAGAAAAGGCCCUCUCCAAGCCCAUUUUUCAUUUCUUCACCGGUCGACGCAUUAAACAGGCCCGAAUGAGGUUUCAUAGAGAACGUCAGACCACAAUCAGGAUCAACAACAUCAUUCUUAAGUGCCCCAUCGAGGCCGCUCAAGAUCGGACGGGGUUCGAGACCCGGAAAGACGACCCUACGUUCUUGUAAUCUUCAACAACGUAUGAAUGGAUGUAUUUCACAAGUAUGCGCGACAGACAAUAAAUUUACAACAUAAAAGCGCGA